AUCCCUCUCACAGCACGUGCCUGACAGACGCCUGUGUCCGGGUGGCCAGCAAGAUCCUGGAGGCCCUGGACACAGAGACGGACCCGUGCCAGGACUUCUACCAGUACUCGUGCGGGGGCUGGAUCAAGAGGAACCCACUGCCCAAUGGACGCUCUAAGUGGAGCACCUUCAACAGCAUCUGGGACCAGAACCAGGCCAUCAUGAAGCACCUCCUAGAGAAUGCCACCUUCAACUCCAGCAGCGAGGCAGAGCGCAAGACGCAGCGGUACUACCUGUCCUGCCUCAAGGAGCAGAGGAUAGAGGAGCUGGGCUCCCAGCCCCUGGUGGAGCUCAUCGACAAGAUCGGGGGGUGGAACGUCACUGGUCCCUGGAACCAGACCAGCUUCAUGGAGGUACUCAAGAUGGUGUCAGGCACGUACCGGGCAACUCCCUUCUUCACGGUGUACGUGGGUGCAGACUCCAAGAGCUCCAACAGCAAUGUCAUCCAGGUGGACCAGUCGGGGCUUUUCCUCCCAUCCCGGGAUUACUACCUGAACAAGACUGCCAAUGAGAGGGUCCUGGCAGCAUACUUGGACUACAUGGUGGAGCUGGGCACGCUGCUGGGGGGAGCCCCGGAGCCCACCCGUCUCCAGAUGCAGGAGGUGCUGGACUUUGAAACCCAGCUGGCCAACAUCACUGUGCCCCAGGCUGAGCGGCGGGACGACGAGAAGAUCUACCACAAGAUGAACAUCGCUGAGCUGCAGGCCCUGGCCCCUGCCAUUGACUGGCUGGACUACCUGUCCUAUGCCCUGGCCCCUCUGGAGCUAGCGGACACAGAGCCCGUGGUGGUGUACGGGGACACCUACCUCCAGCAGGUCUCUGACCUCAUCAACGGCACUGACAGGAGCGUGCUGAACAACUACCUGAUCUGGAACCUGGUGCAGAAGACUGCCUCCAGCCUGGACCAGCGCUUUGAGACAGCCCAGGAGAGGCUGCUGGAGACGCUCUAUGGCACCAAAAAGUCCUGCACACCCCGCUGGCAAACCUGCAUCUCCAACACGGACGACACGCUGGGCUUUGCCCUGGGCUCCCUCUUCGUCAAAGCCACCUUUGACCGGGACAGCAAGGCCAUCGCUGAGGAGAUGAUCAGCGAGAUUCGAGCGGCCUUUGAGGUGUCCCUGGACCAACUGGACUGGAUGGAUGAGAAGACCAGGCAGGCUGCAAAGGAGAAGGCGGAUGCCAUCUACGACAUGAUCGGCUUCCCUGACUUCAUCCUGGACAACAAGGAGCUGGACGAUGUCUAUGAUGGGUAUGAGGUCUCGGAGGACUCCUUUUUCCAGAACAUGCUCAAUUUCUACAACUUCUCCGCCAAAGUGAUGGCCGACCAGCUCCGGAAACCCCCCAACCGCGACCAGUGGAGCAUGACCCCGCAGACCGUCAACGCCUACUACCUGCCCACCAAGAACGGGAUCGUCUUCCCUGCUGGCAUCCUGCAGGCCCCCUUCUACGCCCACAACCACCCCAAAGCCCUUAAUUUCGGCGGCAUCGGCGUGGUGAUGGGGCAUGAGCUGACCCACGCGUUUGAUGACCAAG